CGUGCCCAAGCCUGGCACGAGAGGGGAGAAGGUGUAUAGGCUCUGAGGUCAAGCCGUUGUCUGAAUGUGUUGCAAACGGUUUCCCGGGGAAACAAGACAGCCGCCUGCCUCGCUGGCUGCAGCAUCUUCCGAGCGGCAUCUUUUCUUUAGGCGCAGCAGCAGCAGCAAAGUACCUUGUGGUGUCGGGGAAGAGGGGGGGUGCAGCCGAAACACAAUGUGGAGGCGAAAGGCGAAGACGAGAAGGUAACAUCUCAGAGCGCAGCACCCCAGAGGAUGAAGAAGCAUACUGCCAGAGUGACACCGUUAGAACCCUUCUGUCUUUCCACAUUAAACCCACCUAGAUCAGACGGCGCCUCCCGAUCCUCUGUCGUCCGAUGCAAGUCGGGAGCCAAGUGUCCCAGCACGCAGAGUGGCCUCCGCAGGCACCAGUCCCCUUUGUCUGCUGUGGAAGAUUCUGCCGCUCCCAUUCUAGAGCUGCAGAGUCGGAGUCCCUCCGGAUUUUAUCGGCACGGCAGAGGAGAGAGGCAGAAGACCAGAUCAGGGGAAGAAGGCACGCAAGCCGAAAGCGGCAGCCAGGAGAGUCAUGCGCAGACCCGCUGCGAAUCUUGUACGUCCACCUUUCUGAAGGUCGUCUGGGGAUUUCUGAUCAUCUUGUCCGUCUCGUCCUCGUGGGUUGGAACGACGCAGAUUGUCAAGAUCACAUACAAGAACUUUGACUAUCCGUUUUUCAUGACUUGGUUUUCCACAAACUGGAACAUUAUGUUCUUCCCCGUUUAUUAUUCUGGACAUCUGGCAACCGCCCAGGAAAAGCAAUCGCCAAUAAAAAAAAUCAGGGAAUGUAGUCGGAUCUUUGGGGAAGACGGUCUGACCUUGAAACUGUUUCUUAAAAGGACAGCUCCAUUUUCCAUCCUCUGGACUCUGACAAAUUACCUUUACCUGCUGGCUUUGAAGAAGCUGACGGCCACGGAUGCCUCCGCUCUCUUCUGCUGCAACAAAGCUUUUGUCUUCCUGCUCUCCUGGAUUGUGCUGAAAGACAGGUUCAUGGGUGUAAGGAUAGUAGCAGCAAUAAUGGCCAUUACUGGGAUUGUGAUGAUGGCCUAUGCAGACGGCUUCCAUGGCGAUUCAAUUAUCGGCGUCGCGUAUGCUGUUGGAUCUGCGUCGGCCUCGGCGCUCUAUAAGGUUUUAUUUAAGAUGUUCCUUGGAAGCGCCAACUUUGGGGAAGCUGCCCACUUCAUCUCCACCCUUGGCUUCUUCAACUUAAUUUUCCUCUCCUUCACUCCCAUCAUCCUGUAUUUUACGAAGGUGGAACACUGGUCUCCGUUUUCAGCUGUGCCGUGGGGCUAUCUGUGUGGAAUUGCAGGACUUUGGCUAGCUUUCAAUAUUUUGGUGAAUGUUGGCGUGGUGCUGACAUACCCCAUCUUGAUCUCCAUUGGGACCGUGCUCAGUGUUCCUGGCAAUGCAGCUGUCGAUCUUCUCAAGCGUGAAGUGAUCUUCAGCGUUGUCCGCUUGGGGGCGACCCUCAUCAUCUGCCUCGGUUUCCUCCUGCUUCUCCUUCCUGAGGAAUGGGAUGAAAUCACCCUGCGAUUCAUCAACAGUUUAAAGGAAAAGAAAAGUGAAGACUACGCAGAGGAUAACACGGAUUCUGGGGUUCACUUCAGGAGCAGGAGCAGAGCAAACGGGACAGUGUCUAUACCACUGGCUUAGAGCUGGUGACUGCUUACCUUGCACGGCCAUGUAUAUUCUGUGAAUAUGAUUUAGUAAGUUUUUUUCCCUCACCCCACCUGUAAUGCUAAAAAUGACCGUUAUUAUUUUAAAACCAGGGACAGAUUGUACAUUUAACGCUCAACACAUCAGUGCGUAAAACCUGUUUUCAUUUGUACACUGGACCAGGAGGAGGUGCAAAAAUAUCCACA